UUCCGGAAUCAUUGUACGUGUCAUUGAGGUUCGCUUGAAAAUUUUUAUCUUAACUCGACGAUAUGGCUGCUGCGAAGAAUUUAUCCGGUCUCUCAUCAAUUCCCAAACUAAAAGCCAAGGGUGAUGCUCUCACCACGGAAUUUCAAUAUUACGGAGCAGCCAUUAGAAACCUGGCACCAGCUCUAACGAGCAGCAAAGAUCGUACCAGAGUGCUGCCAUGGAUUAAUAAAUUGUUCGGUGCUGAGUAUCACGUGGAGGUUUUGCGUGAUAAGAGAAAUAGAUACUUGGCAGCCAUUACCGUUAAUAUGAUCAACGACGAGCUGUCUGGAAUCUUCGAGAACGAUCCACCGUCCGGAGCUACGAGAGAUUUGUCUACGAUGACAGUCGUCAAUGCACCCUGUGCCGAAUGGGAGCAGGACACGACCUGGUCCGAAUACAUAUCAGCUUUGCCUGAGAAUUACGAGGAGAUGCCUUGCAGUUUUCAUAAGCAAGAUGAGAGCUGCGAGAAAGAUCAAUUUGAAAUGAACCAUCAGCUUGACAUAGAAUUUUGGUUUCUACUGUAUCAAAUUAGACCAUAUGCAGCCAUGAUGCCGUGUCCCGAUGCCAGGACUAAGGUGGCAUCAUGGAUUCAGACGCUGUGCCGCUUGGGAUGUACAAAAUGCGGUAGGAUGAAAGGACUCAGGAACGAUUACGCUUAUGCUCUUUACGGUUACGUUCACGAUCUGCGCAUUGCUGGACCAUUUCAGGAUUAUCCUCCAUGGAACUACUUGCGUUCUCUUCCAGAUGCAGCCAAGGCCGCAGCCAAAAGGCACCCCCUGACAUCCCCGUGUUGCGAAGAAGCCGAAUCGUUUAUGUCGGCACAACCAACCCCUGAGGAAGGUGCAUUCUGUUACAUAGCAGUGACCGGAGAAUUUGCCAAUUCGAAUAUACCCCUUCCGGUCUAAAAAAUGAGUCCUCGACUGGAGUAGACGUAUACACUCUGUGAUCGCACCUGAAAAUGUAAUUAAAGUAUUCGCUCCUGGUGUAGCCUAUCUUUUCCUGGUUACGUAGAAGACUCGUCGCGAAGAUGAGAAAGAAAGGUCGAGAGAAUGAAUAAGGGUGGGAUAG